AUGAGAUAUUCACUGUGUCCUCAAUGGCUGAACCAUGGUUACUACCUGGGACUAGAUGAGAUAUACACUGUGUCCUCAGUGGCUGAACAUGGUUACUACCUGGGACUAGAUGAGAUAUACACUGUGUCCUCAGAGGCUGAACAUGGUUACUACCUGGGACUAGAUGAGAUAUUCACUGUGUCCUCAGAGGCUGAACAUGGUUACGACCUGGGACUAGAUGAGAUAUUCACUGUGUCCUCAGAGGCUGAACAUAGGAACAUGGAACAUGGUUACGACCUGGGACUAGAUGAGAUAUUCACUGUGUCCUCAGAGGCUGAACAUGGUUACGACCUGGGACUAGAUGAGAUAUUCACUGUGUCCUCAAAGGCUGAACAUGGUUACUACCUGGGACUAGAUGAUAUAUUCACUGUGUCCUUUAAGGCUGAACAUGGUGCUGUAUUCCUGGUCAGCGUCCAGGGCAUUGUGGGUAACCUGCUGUUCUGUGGUGCUGUAUUCCUGCCUGCUGUUCUGUAUGUGUUGUCUGUAGGUGCUGUAUUCCUGGUCAGCGUCCAGGGCAUUGCUGUGAACCUGGAUCCAGUCUUCAGUACAUGGAUCCUCCACCAGCCUCAGAAGAGGAGCAGCCGGCAACAGGCUGCGGUGCCGGUUCCCGUGUCCAUGUCCAAGCGGAGGGAGGACGAGGUGUCUGUGGGGAGCAUGCCAUUCGCCAAGCAGCCAUCCAAUCAGGCCUCGGACUACGCCAGCAGCCCGGUCAAGACCAAGACUGUCACAGAGUCCCGUCCUCUGUCCAUCCCUAUGAAGGUGAUGUCUUCCUCUCCAGAGACCUGGACCACCCCAGAGGAACGUAUGAAGGAGCUGAUCUCUCACGUCUGGGACGCCGUCAAACGACUCACACUACAGUUGGAUCUUCAGUCAUGCUGUGUGUUCCUCCCCAACGACAGCCUCCCCUCUCCCAGCACCAUUAUCUGUGGAGAUCCCGGUACUGUCCGUAGCUGGUACCACAACCAGGCCACCAUGCCUGGGACUCUGGUAGUCUGCCUGCCCCAUAUCACUGUGCUCUCUGCUGGACACAAAUACAUGGAGCCCCUGCAGGACCUCCCCUUCAUGGUGUCCAGGCCCAUACUGGAGGAAGGUGAUGCCUUCCCGUGGACCAUAACCCUGAGCCAGUUCAGUGUGUACACCCUGUUGGGUCAGCAGCGGUCUCUGAGUCUCCUGGAGCCGAUGGGCUGUACCUCCACCCUGGCCGUCACCUCCCACAAGCUGCAGGCCGUGGGCCCCGAAGGACGCCACGCCUUUAUCGUCUGUCUGCACGUUGACCUGGAACCUCUGAACGUCAAGGUCUCUAACCCCCAGGUCCAGUUGCUGUAUGAGUUGUUCCUGUCCUGGAGUUCAACGUGGGCCCGUCUGGAGAAGAGGGGAGUCCUGCGUCAGACCUCCACGAUCCCAGACCCCCCCACUGGGCCGGCCCCCUCCUCCCCCGUCCGCUCCAGCACCGCUCUCCCAGACACCAGCACCUGCUCCCCCUCCGCUGAUUUUGGAUCCCCCACCGAGGGUGACUCUGUUCCAGCGGGUGAUGACUCUCCGUUCUCCGACGCGGUGACCCUGGAGCAGAAGACCAGCAGUAUAGAGGGCGCCAGUGGGAAGGUCAGCCUAUGGAUGCAGUGGAUGCUGACUAAGGUUACCGUCAAGCUGUUCGCUCCCGACCCCAACGCCAAAAACACAGAGAUCUGUGUGAUCAGUGAGGCUGAGGAUCUCAGUGCGUCAGUAGAUGUUCAGGAUGUUUACACCAAGAUCAAAUGUAAAGUGGGCAGCUUCAACAUGGACCAGUACCAGACCAGGCCUGGUGAGGGCUGCUGGGUCCGUCGUGAAGGAGUCGUCCUACAGGCCAAGGACACGUCUGUGACAGCAGCCAAGGUCCUGGAGGUUUCCUCCCACCAGCAGCACGGAUUCCUGUCCAUCACAUACACCCAGGCGGUCACCAGAAACGUCCGCCACAAGUUGACCACGCGGCUGGAACGACCGGAUCCUCGCGGGACCCAGCGGCUGACGGAGGGCCCGGCUGACGGGUCUCCCCACUACCUGAGAGAGAUCCUGCUGACCGCCCAACCUUUUGACCUUGUCCUCUCCUGUCCCUUACUGGCCACCGUAGCCGGGGUGUUCCACGCCUCGCUGCCACGACGAUACCGGGACCUCGGCAAAACGGCGGGCCAGCCGAUGAGAAGUCACGCCCUGACGUCGCGCAGCCUGCCGCUGAUAUAUGUCAACACAUCAGUGAUCAGGGUGUUUUGUCCCUGGAACCCGGACGGACAGGACAGACACACAGAACCCCAGCUGAGGAGAGAGAGAGAGGACACUCUGGUACUGAAGAUAGGAUCUGUCAGCGUGGCCCCUCAGGCAGAUAACCCUCUGACCAGAACCGUGCUGCGCAAGGACAUCUACCAGAGAGCGUUGAACCUGGGCAUCCUGCGCGACCCGGGGUCAGAGGUGGAGGACCGUCAGUACCAGCUGGAUCUGCAGUCCAUCAACAUCGGUACCGCCCAAUGGGAGCAGCUCAAACCAGAGAAGGAGGGGUCUAAGGGGGGCGUGUCCACCGAGACAGAGAGGAACUCACAGAACCCUGCCCUGGAAUGGAACAUGGCCAGCAGUAUCAGGAGACACCAGGAGAGGAGAGCCAUCCUCACCCCCAUCCUGACGGACUUCUCUGUCAGAGUGACAGCAGCACCUGCCAUCAUAUUCAGCAAGCCCAGAUCCCCUGACAACAGACAAGUGGAGGAGGUGCUGGUGUGUGGUCACUCCCUGGAGGUGAAUGUAACAUCCAGUCUGCAGUUCUUCCUCAGUGUGGCCCAGGUCCACCUGCUGCAGCUACUGUUCCGAGCCAACAUGGUGGAGGGACCUGCCCCAGAGACCAGCCAGGUGCAGCGUGGGGAGCAGCAGUGUAGUUCCUCGGCGGGGUCUUGCGGUGUGGACUCGUCGUCCAGUCGCAGCGGCGUCCAGGACAGUGGGUUCGGCAGCGACAGCGCCAGGAUCCGUAUCGUCCAGAUGGAGCAGCAGAGUGGAGGCUCCCACCACCUCAUCGCUAGACCCUCCAGGAAGUCCACCGUCGUCAAGAACCUCUCCUUCGUCCCCUUCGACGUCUUCCUGACCGCGAGUAAACUCUCUCUCAUGACCUACGCCUGCUCCACUCUAGCCAAGACCCCCCCCGCCUCGCCAGAGAAGAAGGAUGGAGACGGGACGACAGGGAAGAGUUCCCUGAACCAGCCAGACACCAUCCCUACCUCCUCCUCCUCCCCCAACCCAGGCCCUCCUACCCUGGUCCCUCUGUCAGGCCUGACAGCAGAGGACCUCCUGAACAGUAAACCGUUCCCAGGAGCCCCGCGGUUCCCUCCUCUCCCUGGACUCCUGUCCGCCCCCAGCCGCUCCUCGGCCCGCCAGGCCCUGGGGGUCACCAUCGUGAGGCAGCCUGGGAGGAGAGGGGCUGGAGACCGGGUCCUGGAGCCUCUACUGUACCUCCAGGUGGUCCAGCCGUCGGCCCUGCUCAGCUGUCACCACCGUAAACAGAGGAUGGACGUGUCUGUGUUCGAUGUGUCUCUGAGGGGAGUCUCCUCUGACUAUAAGUGUCUGGAUCCAGGGAAGUCUCUCCCAGAGGUAUUAGACUACAGUGUGUUGUGGGUCCAGACAGUAUCAGGAGAGUCUGACAGUCAGACAGGUGUUCCUCCUCCUCUGGCCUGUCUGCAGAUCAGAGACUUCCUCAGUGGACCAGCGGAGCUGAACGUGGAGCUGUCCCGGCCCCUGAAGGUGAACCCUACGCUGGUGAAACUGGAGCAGACCAAGGCCUACCUGAAGAGGGUUCUACCUCAUCACUACUGGGAGUCUCCCAAACCCCCCUCUACCCCUCAUUCCUCCCCCAGUAGGACCUCAUCCUCCUCUCCCCAUCGUCCCGACCCCUCCCACCUCAGCUCCCUAAGAUCCCUGGCACCCUUCCACAAGGUGUCCCUCCGCACCGCCCAGAUCGUGGUUGUCAUGGAGACCGAGUCGCACCCUGCCCGGCCCAGCCUGACCUGGUCGGUGUCGGCUAUGAAGGGUACCAUGAACAUGAAGACUGGGCCCAAGUUAGACGACCCGGUCCAGUCAGUCUCAGUGCUGUUGGAGCUGCAGGAUAUCCUGUUGAGGACGGGUCUGAAGGAUCGGAGCCGUCUGCUGCUGGGGCCUUUCUCCUGUAGCGCCGCCCUAGAGGCCAGGUGGUGUAGGCACAGCAGCAGUCCUGAACCUGAGACUGGGACCCCUAAACUACUGCUGGACCUGAAGGGAGGCCUACUGCAGGUGUUCUGGGGCCAGGAGCAUGUAAAUUGUCUGCGGCUGGUGUAUGAACACCUGCAGGCCUACCUCCAGAGGAACCAGGGAUCUGGGUCUGGGUCUGGGUCUGGGACUGGGACUGGGACAGGGUCUGGGACUGGGUCUGGGACUGAAGAGGAAAAGCCCCCCUUUGACACCCAGUCACCCCCCUCCCCUGAAUCCCCCUCCCCCAGGACAGAACACAGCUCUGAUGACCUCCGCACCGGGCUGUUCCAGUACAUACAGAACUCAGCCUAUCAGAAACUACCUGGUCCAUAUGAGGUUGUGUUCUAUAACGAAACAGACGACAGUCCCGGCGUCAUGCUGUGGCGUUACCCAGAAUCCCGUGUGUUGACCUUCGUACGCAUCACUCCAGUCCCCUUCAACACCACCGAGGACCCCGAGAUCAGCACCGCAGACCUGGGAGACAGACUGAAGGUGCCGUGCAGCCUGGAGUAUUGGGACGAGCUCCAGCACGCCUUCGUCCCCUACCGAGAGUUCAGCCUAUCAGAGAGUAGCGCUUGCGAGCUGACCCUGCCCAGCCUGACGCUGACCAAUGAGCAGAAGGAUCUGGUGACCUCUGACCUGUGGAGGAUCGUCCUCAACAACAACCCAGACGGAGGAGACGAACAGAGUUCUGACAGUGAGUCAGGUUCUCAGCAGGGUUCCUCGGGGUCCCAGCUUCUGCCCUGUGACCAGCUGGUGUCCCCCACGGCGCUGGCAGCUUGUACCCGUGUCGACUCCUGCUUCGCCCCCUGGUCCGUGCCCUCCCUGGGCGUGUCUCUCACCCUGGCACAGAUACAGCUGCACCUCUACCACCAUUUGGAGCAGCUGGGCACAGCGCCGUCACGUCGACUCCGCCCCUUCCUGCCGGACAGGAAGUUGCCCCAGGAGCAAGAGUACCUGGUCAUCGGGGCACAGGAGCCGCGGCUGUUCCUCCGCCAGUGGAGUGGCGGCGGUAACGUCAGCGCCACCCGGCUCUGCCAGGAGAUCCAGUUCUCCACCGAGCUGGACUGCAGACUGUUGGAGUACCGGAACUUGACUUGGCUCUGCCUGCUGCAGCCGUUCAUACUGCAGGGUCAGGCUGCGGUCACACGCUGCUCCAACAACGUCCUCCUGGACGGGAACGUCUUCGUAGACCCGGUCUUCAUCAACAUCAGCCAGAACACCGUACACAGUCUGGAUACAGCCCUACGGGGCUGGCAACAGAACGGGGAUGAAGGUGCAGAGGAGUUGUUGAUCAGUCACCAUGUGCUCUGUAACGACACCCAGGAGACCCUGAGGUUUGGCCAGGUGGACACCGAUGAGAACGUCCUGCUGCCCUCCUUACACAGCCACCAGUACAGCUGGAGGAGCCACAAGUCACCACAGCUCCUUCACAUCUGCAUAGAGGGCUGGGGUAACUGGCGUUGGUCUGAGGCCUUCAGUGUGGACAACGUGGGGACUCUGUUGAGGACUAUUCAAUAUAAAGGACGGACUGCCUCGCUCAUCAUCAAGGUGUUGCAGCUCAACGGUGUCCAGAAACAGGUAAUCAUCUGUGGUCGCCAGGUGAUGUGUAGUUACCUGUCUCAGGACAUUGAUCUGCGGGUGGUGCAGCACUAUGUGAAUCCAGAAGGCCAGACGGUGGUUAAGGAACAUGUUGACUGUCUGGAGGCUGGGAGGAAGCUGCCCUCCUACGUGCUGGAGGACUCAGAGUUGACAGAGCUGUGUGUCAGAGCCAGAGGAGAUGAAGACUGGUCUCGGGAUGUCAGACUGGAGAGGAAGGAGAAGGAGAGGGGGGUGUCCUUGCAGGUGCCUUGUUCCAGCGGCUCGUUGCUCUACGUGUGGUGCACCCUGAUCACCAUGGAAACGGACUCCCACAUGCAGCAGAGAGUGGUUGUAUUUAGUCCUCUGUUCAUGAUGCGUAGCCAUCUUCCAGACCCUGUCAUCAUCCACACAGAGAAGAGAAGUCUGGGGCUGAGAGAGAGUCAGCUGAUCCAGGGACAGGGUCACCAGGAACAACUACUGAACACAGAGAAUGACCUGACACACCACCUCACCUUCCAGGCCAGUGAGGACGAGGAUGCGUCUCACUGUGCGGUGCCCAUCUCCACCAGUGUGAUCAAACAGAUAGUGAACAGGAAUCAGGCUGGGUUGGAGGACAGCCAGGACCACAUACUGGCAGACUUCUACAGCCUGAAGAACAACAGCCAGCCUCCUUGGCCCUACGUCAGCAAGGACACAGACAGGCCUGGAUCAGAAGUCCUAGCUCAGUGGGACAGCCCCAUGCAGGUGAAGUUGUCAGCCUGGAGGUCUGGUCUCAACACUCUUCUAGUAGAGCUCAUUCCCUGGGCCCUGUUGACCAACCACUCUACAUGGGACCUCUGGCUGUUUGAAGGAGAGACCAUCGUCCUGCAGAUACCCACUGGAAAGACCCUCGUUCCUCCUAACUUCAAGGAGGCGUUUCAGCUGGGUAUCUACUGGUCCGACACUAACACGGUCCAUAAGUCUACAGCCCUGAAGCUGGUCCAUGACAUGACGUCUCCGCGUUGGAAGGAGGGUGUCAGUCCUGAGGUCCUCACCCUGGACGAGGAGGGCUAUGUGGAGGCAGAGAUCCCCCUGGGGAGGAACCCUGGGAGACAGAAGGUUUGUCAGUUCUGCGUGUCGUCUGUGGUGAGACACGGCAUCCAGAUUAUCCAGAUAGAAGACAGGACCAUCCUGUUAACAACACCCCCUACUUCCUGUCAUAUAGAGCCAUACUGUCUGACCAGGCCCUGGGGACCACAGACCAGAGCCCUACUGUCUGACCAGGCCCUGGGGACCACAGACCAGGCCUGUUCUCUCCCAGAUACAGCGGUGUUCAGCCUUGCUCCAGCAGGAGAGAACACACCUUCCACACCUGUCUCUGUGGCCUGCUGGGACCUGCUGAGAAAGGAGGGGGGGAUCCCUCAGUUCCCUCUACCAAGCAGACACAUGAUGUUCAGCUGCCUGCCCACCACAGACCCUGGACCUGUAGCUGGGUCUGAGUCCUGGAGCCUCCCGGCCCCCAUCAGGCCUGACUUCCCCAGGCAGAGUGUGGCCGUCCCUGGGGAGAUCUGCAGUAGCAGUGGUCUGAGCACCAGGGCCCUACCCUGCGGGCCUGCCUCCAAUCAGGGCCCUACCCUGCGGGCCUGCCUCCAAUCAGGGCCCUACCCUGCAGGCCUGCCUCCAAUCAGGGCCCUACCCUGCAGGCCUGCCUCCAAUCAGGGCCCUACCCUGCAGGCCUGCCUCCAAUCAGGGCCCUACCCUGCAGGCCUGCCUCUGGGCUCAAGCGUUGGUGAUGACGUACCAGGAACACCUGGGCGUCACCUACGUGACGCUGAACGAGGACCCCUGUCCUCACAUGGUCAUCCACAACCAGACCCCUCUCUCUAUGCUGCUCAGGGAGAAUGUCAAGGAACCCCCAGGACAGAGGUGUACUGCCGCCCCCUCCCUGCCAACUCCUCCCUCCACCAUGGCCUCUACCACCACUUCUCCAGCUUCCCUGCCUGCAGACAGAGAGAGCCUCUACCCACCGUGCUGCUGAAGACCAGUCCUGACCCCAACAGUCUGGCGCCCAGCGACCUGCAGGCGUCUCCGGAGUGGAGCGACCCCGUGGACAUCAACUGCCCCGGCACACAGGUGGUUUUCCUACCAGGGUUUGGCUGUCUCUACAUAGAUGUCGUCCAUCAGGGUGGCACAGUCAUCCUCACCCUGGCACCAGAGGGCAGUGUGGACUCUGUCAUGAGCCUGCACAACAGGACGUCCAAUCGGAAGCUGGCAUUCAGGGUGUUGCUGAGCGAGGCCAGUGUGUCGCUGAGUGAUGACAUCACCAGUCGUCACGUGGAGCUCUUGAGGCUGACUCUGUCCAAACUGCUACUGAACCUGUGUCCUGCCCGUCUGGGUGACUCUGGCAUGGGGCUGGUCACCGCCGGGAUGGGAGAGGCCUGUCUGGUCGAAGUCCACUGUGCCAGCCUGCAGGUGGAUAACCAGCUGUAUAACCGUGCCAGCUUCCACUUCCCAGUGUUGUUGUGCCAGGAGCAGUGUGUGGAGCUCCCCCUCUGGACCAGCGAUGCCAACCCCACCACCUCACUACAGGCCCUGGAGGAGUUUAAGGCAUCAUGCUUCCUCCAGCUGGGACUCACCUUGGACAGGGAGGGCUACAGUGUGGACCAGCUGACCUUACACAUCAAACCAGCCCGUCUCUACCUAGAGGACACCUUCGUCUACUACAUCAAGACUCUGUUUCACACCUACAUCCCAGACUCAGCCCUGGCCCCUUCCCCGGGCCCUUACCCCUCGGAGCGCUACGGGGGUCCCCUGCUCCCGGAGACCGUCGUUCGGUCCAUCCCAGCCCUGGUGCACCCUCUGAGGCUGCAGCGCCUGGUCAUUCAGCCGGUCGACCUGUUGGUCAGCAUCCACGCCUCUCUGAAGCUCUACAUCGCCUCGGAUCACACACCGUUGUCAUUCUCCCUGUUCGACAGAGGACCGCUCUGUACUACAGCCAGACAGCUGAUCCACGCACUCACCAUGCACUAUGCUGCCGCGCUGUUCAGAGCUGGCUGGGUGGUGGGGUCUCUGGAUCUCCUUGGUAGUCCUGCCAGUCUGGUACGGUCCAUUGGUAACGGAGUAUCAGACUUCUUCCGUCUGCCAUACGAGGGUUUGACCCGGGGCCCCGGGGCCUUCGUCAGCGGAGUGUCACGAGGAACCACCUCAUUCGUCAAACACAUCUCUAAAGGCACGCUGACGUCCAUCACCAACCUGGCGACCAGCCUGGCCAGGAACAUGGACCGGCUGUCCCUGGACGAGGAGCACUAUACCAGGCAGGAGGAGUGGAGGAGGCAGCUACCUGAGAGCCUGGGGGACGGACUCAGACAGGGCCUGUCUAGACUGGGCAUCAGCCUACUGGGAGCGAUAGCUGGCAUCGUGGACCAGCCCAUGCAGAACUUCCAGCGGGGUUCAGAGAUGCAGAGUUCAGCAGGCAGCAAGGCCAAAGGGGUCAUCUCUGGAGUGGGGAAAGGCAUCGUGGGGGUCUUUACCAAACCUAUAGGGGGCGCUGCAGAGCUGGUCUCGCAGACGGGAUAUGGUAUCCUUCAUGGAGCUGGUCUCUGGCAGCUCCCCAAACAGCUGUACCUCCCAGCAGACCAGAAGUCAGCCCUCGCGCCCAACAGCCACGUCAAAUACGUCUGGAAGAUGCUCCAGUCCCUGGGUCGUCCAGAGGUUCACAUGUCCCUGGAGGUGGUGAUCGUGUCCGGGUCGGGUCAGGAGCAUGCUGGGUGUCUGCUGCUGACAGGGGAGGUGGUGUUUGUGGUCAGUCUGUCUGAAGACACACAGCAGCAGGCCUUCCCCAUCACCGAGGUGGCCUGUCAACAAGACCCCCACCACCUGGGAGCGCUGACCCUCACGCUGCAGCAGCAGAGACUCACCAACGAUGUAGAGGGUGACAGUGGGAGGGAGUGGUUGUCAGAGCAGCAGUAUGGUCGCCUGGUGGACUAUGUGACUCGUGCGUCUGCGUUCCUCUCCCCCGUCGGCCUCGUCUGGUCUCCAGCAGGCUCCUCCCAUCACCCCUUUACAGAGCCGAGCCUCCGCCCGCCACCUGUCACCAAGACCUACCGUUACCUGGUCAGCCCCCUUUACCCACGCUGCCGUGUUCGUCCCAAGUUCACCAUGGUCAAGAACAAGGCGCUGCGGACAUCGGCUUCCACUGACACACACCUUUACAGAGACACACCUGGACAGAGACACACCUGGACACACACACACACCUUUACAGAGACCCUGACACACACUCGUACAGACACACACACACCUGUUGAACUCUCUCUUUAGGUUGAACAUCCACAAACUGCCUUUAAUGUCCUCUGUGCAAUAAGAAGCAGUUCCCCCUCUCAUAGAACAAGGGAAGACGGUUUAAACUGAUUUACUCUUUAACAUUUCAACAAAACACCUGUGGCAAUGAACACUAAUGUCGAGGAGACUGGAGGGGCUACAGUACGUUCCAAAUGCCACACUAAUCCCUAUAUAGUGCACUACUAUAGACCAGGACCCACCCUAAUCCCUAUAUAGUGCACUACUAUAGACCAGGACUCACCCUAUUUCCUAUAUAGUGCACUACUAUAGAC